AUGGCUCCAGCCCGGAGGGACUGCAACGGCUGGGAGAUGUUCCUCCCAGCGGGAUGCCUGCUCCUAUCCGCUUUGCUGUUUCACCCCGGUGUUGCAAAGGUGUGCAACGACCGCACCAAACACGGACAGGACAACAGCUGGUUCACCAGGGACGGAGAAAACUUGCCCAUAAUGGUGCUGAUGCCAAUGAACGAGUCGGCCCUGAUGAGCAGCAUCAGCCAGGGGAUCGAACCAGCGGUGCAGCUGGCCAUCCAGCACAUACGGGAGUCCAGGAAUUACCGUUUCUCACUCAUCACCAAAAUCUAUGACACUGAGUGCGACAAUGCCAAAGGGCUGAGGGCUUUCUUUGACGCCAUAUGCUAUGGUCCAAAACACCUGAUGAUCUUCGGAGGUGUCUGCCCUUCUGUGACGUCCAUCAUUGCAGAGUCUUUGGAAGGCUGGAAUCUGGUUCAGCUGUCAUUUGCAGCGACAACCCCGGUUCUGGCAGACAAGAAAAAGUACCCCAACUUCUUCCGCACAGUCCCAUCAGACAAUGCCGUAAACCCAGCUGUGGUCAAGUUUCUCAACUACUACAAUUGGAGUCGCGUGGGGACCCUCACCCAAGAUGUUCAAAGGUUCUCAGAGGUGAGGAAUGAUCUGACGAAUGAGCUGGAGAAGGCAGACAUUCAGAUAGCAGAUACAGAAAGUUUCUCCAAUGAUCCCUGUGUCAAUGUAAAAAAACUGAAGGACAACGACGUGAGAAUCAUCAUUGGGCAAUUUGAUGAGCAUUUGGCCUCUAAAGUCUUCUGUUGUGCGUACAACUUGAAUAUGUAUGGCAGCAAAUACCAAUGGAUAAUCCCAGGCUGGUACCAACGACACUGGUGGGAGCAGGCGAACAGCACCAACUGCACUUCCAAGAAGCUCCUAACAGCAAUGGAGGGAUACAUCAGUGUGGACUUUGAGCCGCUCAGUUCUCGGCCGGUAAAGGGCAUCUCUGGCAGAACCCCAAAGGAAUAUGAGAAGGAAUAUUACAGGGAGCUUCAACAGAAAGGUGUGGAGGCAAGCAAGUUUCACGGCUUUGCUUAUGAUGGGAUCUGGGUAAUCGCAAAGACCUUGACCCGAGUGAUGGAAGUGCUCCGGACAAAACAAGGACAAAAUAUGUACCACAACUUCACAGUUGAUGAUCGGGAAGUAGGGAAAAUGGUGCUUGAUGUCAUGAACGAAACAAACUUCUAUGGAGUUACAGGUCAAGUCAUGUUUCGUAAUGGAGAGAGGAUGGGCACAAUAAAAUUCAACCAGUUUCAAGAUGGUCAGGAAGUGAAAGUGGGAGAGUACAAUGCCAUAGCUGAUGUAUUGGAGCUCCAGAACACCUCUAUCAAAUUCCAAGGUGUGGAGCCCCCCAAAGAUCGAACAUUUGUUCGUCUACAACGGCGCCACAUCAAUGUGCCACUGUACAGCAUCCUGUCUACCAUAACCAUCCUAGGGAUGCUCAUGGCUGGGGCCUUUCUAUUCUUCAACAUCAAGAACCGAAAUCACAGACUUAUCAAGAUGUCCAGUCCGUACAUGAACAACUUGAUCAUCUUAGGAGGCAUGCUGUCCUAUGCCUCGAUUUUCCUGUUUGGUCUUGAUGGGGGUUUUGUUUCUGACAAAGAGUUCGAAACACUCUGCACCGUUCGGACAUGGAUCCUCAUUGUUGGAUAUACAACUGCUUUUGGCGCUAUGUUUGCCAAGACAUGGAGGGUACAUGCCAUCUUCAAAAAUGUAAAGAUGAAGAAAAAGAUUAUAAAGGACCAGAAACUGUUGAUUAUUGUCGGUGGGAUGCUACUUAUCGACUUAUGCAUCCUGAUUUGCUGGCAGAUCGUGGACCCUCUCAGGAGGACCGUUGAGGAAUACAGCUUGGAGGCGGACCCACAAGGCCGGGACAUUGCCAUCCGUCCCUUCUUGGAGCACUGUGAGAACACCCACAUGACCAUUUGGCUUGGCAUCGUCUAUGCCUACAAGGGACUGCUAAUGCUGUUUGGCUGCUUUCUGGCAUGGGAGACCAGGAACGUGAGCAUUCCUGCCCUCAAUGACAGCAAAUACAUCGGAAUGAGCGUUUACAACGUUGGGAUCAUGUGCAUCAUCGGAGCCGCGGUGUCUUUUCUGACCAGAGAUCAGCCGAAUGUCCAGUUCUGCAUUGUGGCUCUUGUCAUCAUCUUUUGUAGCACCAUCACCCUCUGUCUCGUCUUUGUUCCCAAGUUGAUCACAAUGAGAACAAACCCAGAUGCGGCAACACAGAACAGAAGGUUAAAGUUCACCCAGAAUCAAAAGAAAGAAGACUCCAAAACCUCCACCUCAGUCACCAGUGUGAACCAGACCAACACCUCUCGACUGGAUGGGCUACAGACCGAUAACCACCGUCUUCGCAUGAGGAUAACUGAGUUGGACAAGGAGCUUGAAGAAGUGACCAUGCAGCUGCAGGACACCCCAGAGAAAACUCCCUACAUUAAACAAAACCAUUAUCCCGAUGCAAAUAACAUCCUAAGCAUACGCAACUUCACAGACGGUAAAGAUGGAGAGAAGUCGAUACUAAAAAACCACCUGGAGCAGAAACCGCAGGCGCAGUGGGGUUCCAUGGAUCCUUCCAGAAUAAGCAGAGGUCCCUUGGAGGAUAUCAACUCACCUGAACACAUACAGCGUCGACUGUCCUUGCAGCUGCCUAUCCUGCACCAUGCAUACUUACCUUCCAUAGGAGGUGUUGACGCCAGUUGCACCAGCCCUAAUGGAAGCCCGGGUUCAAGUCCGAGGCACAGACACAUGCCCCCUUCUUACAGGGUAAUGGUCUCUGGCCUCUGAGCCUCAUUCAUCCCCCUCACCCCCAACCUUGCUCUUUGCUGAGGAGAACAAAUGGUUCUAUUUUCUACAACUAAUAGACUGAUAUUGUCAGCAUAUGUGCGUAUUGCGUCUUGGACUGAAAAGAAGUUGGGGGGUGAACAAAGAGAGGGGAGGGGGCAAAGGUUCACUUGUCAUACCUCUGCACUUGGGUCUUUUGAGGACUGAUGCCAGUCAAAACUGGGUGGGAGAGGACAGUCGAUGCUUAACUACUUCUGUGAUUAACAUCCCUUCUGCCAUCUUCCUCCCUGCUUCGGCGUGCUUACACAUAUGCCAUGUCAGACACAGAUUUCUAGAACAGAGAUGCACCCCAAUGUCCAAGCACACUGACACCCCAACAGCAGCAUUGGACCAGCCCUAAACUGACAUGUAGCCUUAUCUGCUUCAAAAGGGAUUGUUUCUGUUUCUUAUCUGUUUUGUGUACUAUAUGUGCUUGCAGCUCCAUGUGAGCCAUCUAACAUUUUAUCGCUUUAGUGAUUGGAUAUGAGUUCAGGAGCAACAAGGUGAAUUUUCAAGAUCCUACUAAAGAAAGCAUCCCCUGUCCACUUCUCUAGCCUGUGUGGAAAUGUAAAUAUCAUUGCUUUUGACACUGGUGUACUGUAAGCUUUGCAUAUGUUGUGAAUGGAUAAAUCAAUAGGAUUUAAGUGUGGCGCUUGUAACAAAAGCAGGUGAGAGCUUAUAAAAAUAUUACAUCGUACAAAUCAGACAGAGGCAUACAUUUGAUUAACAAAGCUGUUGAUAUAUUAACUUACAAACAGCAUGGAUAAAAACAGAAUCUGUCAGGGUCCCAUGCCUCUAACUUGGAGUGAGAUGCACGUUGCUCUUUUUUUUGUUUCACUUUGCUAUUUUUUUCUAGACUUGUUUAUGACAGAGACCUCCUGUCUGUCUGUAAAGGCCUUCAUACUUUACAACUUAAGCAGCCCGUCUUCAGACAGCAUGUUUUAUAGAAAUAAUAAUGCUAUGCCUUUUUCACAGUUCUCAAAGAUAUUAGAGCAAAAAAAGGCCAAAAAAAUAAAUUGGUUCACAGCUUUUCUUUUGUUUUCAGAUGCCAAGAAAUUAAAAUACACAGAUAUAAACAUGGAACCCAAGAGAGCUCCUGGCAAAUCCAGGUGCUGUUGAUGCUACUGAUGGGUGAGGUCAAAACGAAGCUUCGUCUUUAUACACUGUUAAGAUGUCUGCCCUUGCUUUCACGUCUUACCAGCACAGUUGAGGGAAACGGGAUCCAACAAUAGCACAAAGUUACAAGACUUUGAGGAAAAGCUGUUAAGAGAGUUAAAAUGAUAGUAAGCAAGGGUGGAAAAAAUGUAGGUCUAACAGGUCCUCGGCUUGAUUGGACCAAAUGGUUAACCUGAAUUUCCAGGCACAGAAGCAGACGGACAUGUUCAAGUCUUGCAUAAGUACCAAACUGUCUGCAGAUUUGGUUUCAAAGACAGCGCUGCCACCACUGCUGGUCCCGGUGAUUUAGCACAGACACAGGGCUUUCCCUCACAGAUAAUAAGUGUCAUGAAAGAUCAAUCCACUCUUAGCAACAGUGAACAGUUGCUACAGAAAUGAAACUCAGUGCUGUGGAGCUUCACCUAAGAUCUUCAUCAAGAGUAUGGAUGUUGUUUGUUACUUUUUUUUCCUAAUGCAGGAGAAAAAGCAAAUUUGGGAAAGGGGGGCUGCUCUCUGCAGGAAAAGGACUUUUUUUUAUUCUGAGCGAUAAGGUUCGUUCUCAGUAUGUUGUUUCACCAUCGGUGUCUUGGUUUUAUUUAUUUUUUUCAAGGCGUUUCUUCAGCGCCGUGCCUGUUGUCUUAUAUUGUAGCCUGCAAGACCCACAAUACAUACAAAGGGUUCAAACUGCGCUUAACCAGUAAAAGUGCAUCAGCCGCAUCUGUAAAUGGAACAAUGCGUCAUAGACCAAUCUGAUGUCCAUCUGUCCGUGGACAGGGAUAGCUUUGGGAGCGCCUGGUCAAAGCUCCACUUCAGCCGGAGGAUAUUUCUCCAUAAACACAAACGCUUCUCAGAAAAGUUGGAGGAUUCAGAGUCGAAGCGGAGAGUCGAAGACCUGCUUUCAGACAUAUCGGGGUUUGAGCUCCUCCCAUUCCCAGGCCUCUGCCGCGAAGCGCGGGGGCAGGGGUGAUAAAAGAAAAACCCAAGCACAGACCUCAAAAGGGAGUCAUGACUUCUCCUGCACCUUUGCCAACCAGAGAAUCACAGUCACAGAACAUGUGAGUGGGAGACAUUAACAGAGGGUUGGAUCUUCCUUCAGAAGAAGCAAAAAAACCGACCGCACAUUUUAUAUAUUACAUUAUAUGUGAUUGUGUACAACUUUGCUGAUACCCUGAUGACAGUGUCCAUGUAUGGAGUAUUUGGUAUUUGGAUUUCUCAAGAUGGCAUGAAAUAAAAUGUAUAAUUCACA